GUCACGAUGGUAGCCUCGAAAAUACAUGGCGGUCAGAUACAGAGCACGCACGUUUGAAACAUAACCUUUAUCUUGUUUUAACGGAGCACACGUGUGAAAAAUGGCUAAAUCGUUGCGCAGUAAAUGGAGAAGAAAAUGCAGAGCAGUGAAGAGAGAACGUUAUGCAGCAAAGGAAUUAGACAGAUUGAAGAAAACCCUUGGUAUUGAUGAAAAUGCAUCUAAUGAUGUUGAAAUGAAAGACAUUGAAGAAAUUGCUACAGUUGUCGAUGCAAAGAAAAUCAAGAACAAGGCUAAAGCUAAAGAGAAAAGCGAAGCUAUUACCAUAGAUCAAGAACAGAUGGAAGUAGAAGGUGCUACUCCUAGAGUAUAUAAUAAGAAAACAUUAUGUGAUCAGUAUGGUAAUUAUCCCAUAUGGAUGAGUAAACGAAAGAUACUGAAACACAAAAAAAGUAGAGCGAAAGCACAAAAGGCCAGCAAAACAUCAAGCCGAAGACUCACCAGACGACAGAAAAAGAUACUAAAAGACACUAAAAACGGCAAAAAUUAAAUCUUUCUUUAGAAAUUGUGAAAUUAAUCUUUUCAUAUGGCUUAUAAAUUUAUAAAUAUUAUAAAACUUGGUUUUUCUUCUGUAAUAAUUAAAUAACUAAUUAUUAUUACUACUAUACAUUAGUAUAUCACGUUUGUUAUAAAAGGAUGGGUGUAGUUAUAAAAUUAUGACAAAUAUAUCUUUUUUAUUUUUUGUAUUUUCAACUGGCUAUCAUAUUUGGAUUAAUACAUCUGAAUAAUUCUCUUAUCUUCUUUUGCAUAUAUUUGAUUGUAUUUUGAUUAAUGCUUCUUACUGAAUAAAAUUGUUCUAAAUUGUAA